AUGAAAUCGUUAAUACUAAGGCGACGGAACGGGAAAGUUGAAUCUUGGCCAACUCUUCCGUUUUCGUUCCCGUUACCGUUGCCGUUUCCGUUUGUUGUGCAUGUAUGUAUUGGAUUAUAUGUAAUUGAACUUUUCACUCGUUUCCGUUUCCGUUCUCGUUCCCGUUCCCGGGCAAUUGUGCAGCAGCCUUAA